AGCAAAGAGCUGGAUGUUCACACGGUUUAACACUUCUAUUUGUGCAGUUAUUUCAGCCGACAGUAGAGUUUCUCGUGACUUUACUACAGAUCAGUCUCUCAUCGGCUCAUCUGUCAUUUUAUUACUGAACCAGUUCUGAAGAGUUUGUCUUCAUAUUUGUGAACUGAAAUCAAUGAAGAUGUUUGACAGAUUCUGGUUCUGUUUGUGUUUGUGGCAUCUGGACGCUGUGUUUGCUGAUUCAGAUGCAUUGACGACAGUGUCAGUGACAGAGGGAGAUUCAGUCACUCUAAACUCUGGUCUUACUGAAAUUCAUAAUGAUGAUCUGAUAACAUGGACGUUUGGACUUUCAGAGACUCUUAUAGCUCAAAUCCAUAAAGAAGCUCAGAUCUUUUCCACAUCUCAUGGUGAAGUUGUGGGAUUCAGAGACAGACUGAAGCUGGAUCAUCAGACUGGAUCUCUGACCAUCACAAACAUCAGAGCUGAACAUGCUGGAUAUUAUGAGCUACUGAUUGUUGGAGCUAAACUGUCAUCAAAAGCUUUCACGGUUUCUGUGAAUGGUGUGUUUGGUGAUGAAGAGAAGUCAGGGUCAGUGAUGGAGGGAGAUUCAGUCACUACACCGACUGCUGUUACUGAAAGACAUGAAGACCGCAUACUGUGGACAUUUGGAGCUGAAAUUACUAUUAACUUAUUGAAAUCUCCUCUGUCUGUUCCUGUCAUCAGCCGAGACUGUUCUUCAUCAUCUUCAUCAUCAUCCUCAGAGCAGAAUUGUUCAUUGGUGUGUUCAGUGGUGAAUGUGGGUCAUGUGACUCUCUCCUGGUACAAAGGAAACAGUUUAUUGUCCAGCAUCAGUGUGUCUGAUCUCAGCAUCAGUCUCUCUCUACCUCUGGAGGUGGAAUAUCAGGAUAAAAACAGCUACAGCUGUGUGCUCAACAAUCCCAUCAGCAACCAGACUCAACAUCUGAACAUCACUCAGCUCUGUCACACAUGUUCAGACUCUGUCCACUGCUGUGGUUCUACUGAAGCUGUGAUCCGAUUGGUCCUCUCUGCUCUGGUGGGCGUGGCUACUGUCAUUCUUCUGGUUUAUGACAUCAGAUCCAGAAGAGCUGAAUAAGGUCCAUCACAGAUUCACACAUCAGGUGCAUGAUUGAUUAAUAGACAUUUAGAAGAUGUUUAGAGAUGUUAAUGAUCUAGAAUGUGUGUAAAACUGACAUCUUAAAGAAAUCAGAUUAGAGUCAGCUGAUGCAAGCUUGACUCAUGUGACCUGCCAUUAUUAUUAUUAUUUUUUUCAGUUUUCAAAGCUUUAUAUUCAUGUGCUGAUCUUGAUGUAAUCUUUCAUAUUUUAUUCAGGGGUUUAAGAGCUCUUAAAAAUGUACCUGUCUUGUCCAUUUGUCCUCUGUAUUUGCUCUAUCAAUAAAGUUUUCUCACUCUGAGCUUCAA